AUGUCGGCGUCCCUAAAGUAUACCUCCAAGCUUUUUGGAGCACGAGUCUUGAUCAUCGGUGGCUCUAAUGGCAUCGGAUAUGCCGUAGCCGAAGACGUCAUCGAACAUGGAGCUGCGAGCGUCGUCAUCUCCAGCUCCAACGCAGACCGCGUUGCGGGUGCCGUGUCUCGGUUGAAGCAGACCUACUCAACGACGGAAUGUCAAAUUAGCGGCUUUCCAUGCGACCUGAGCCAAGACAACACCAUCGAGUCCAAUAUCGUCGCUCUCUUCGAUGCCGUGACCGCCAACGGUACCCAGAAACUGGAUCACAUCGCCUUCACGGCUGGCGAACCGCCUGUUGUUAAGCCACUAGAGGAAGUGGACAUCCACUUUAUCAAGAAGACGGGCAUGAUUCGUGUCUUUGCCCCAAUACUCAUGGCUAAGCAUGCUGUCAAGUAUUUGAAUCCUGGCCCAGCAUCCAGUAUCACGUUGACUACUGGUGCCAGUUCAGAGAAGCCGAUCCCCAAUUGGGUCGUCCUGGGCUCAUACACUGCUGCCUUGAAGGGCUUGGUGAGAAGCCUGGCACUCGAUCUCAGACCGAUCCGAGUCAACGUGGCCUGUCAUGGCGCAGUUGAUACAGACCUUGUCGAGGGACUCAUUGGAGAAGUAUUGCCGGAACAAAGAGAGCAGGCCCGUAGUGGCCUUGCCAAAGCAACUGCGACCGGGGUAAUUGGCAAGCCAGAAGAUGCCGCCGAGGCAUAUUUGUACUUUAUGAAGGAUCGCAACGUGACGGGGACUUCGGUAGAUACUGAUGGAGGCAUGUUGCUUUUGUAG